CAUUGUUCUUCUGAGAUUUUUUACCACACUGCGACAGGGAGAGAGAGAGAGAGAGAGAGAAUCAAACAAAAAAACAUACAAAGAAUGGAUCAAGGGUUCAGAGAAAACCAGAAAUCUGCCAUGGAUGCAUUCGAGAAGCUCGAAAAGGUCGGAGAAGGAACCUAUGGGAAGGUUUACAGAGCAAGGGAGAAGGCUACAGGAAAGAUCGUUGCCCUCAAGAAGACCCGUCUUCACGAGGAUGACGAAGGAGUCCCGCCUACAACCCUCCGAGAGGUCUCCCUAUUGAGAAUGUUAUCCAGGGAUCCACAUGUCGUAAGAUUGCUUGAUGUCAAACAAGGGCAAAACAAGGAGGGGAAGACCAUUCUUUAUCUGGUUUUUGAAUACAUGGACACCGAUCUCAAGAAGUAUAUUCGGAGUUUCAGGCAAAAUGGAGACCACAUUCCUGCUAAAACCGUGAAGAGCCUCAUGUACCAACUGUGCAAGGGCGUUGCUUUUUGCCAUGGCCACGGAGUGCUACAUCGGGAUCUGAAGCCACACAAUCUUCUGAUGGAUCGAAAGACAAUGAUGCUUAAAAUAGCAGACCUUGGACUGGCUCGAGCAUUUACUCUACCAGUCAAGAAAUACACUCACGAGAUCUUGACACUCUGGUACAGAGCUCCCGAAGUGCUUCUGGGAGCUACCCAUUACUCAACUCCAGUGGAUAUGUGGUCUGUGGGCUGUAUAUUUGCUGAACUGGUCACAAAUCAGGCACUCUUUCCAGGAGACUCCGAGCUGCAACAGCUCCUUCAUAUUUUCAGACUACUGGGCACUCCGAAUGAAGAAGUGUGGCCGGGAGUGAGCAAACUAAUGAACUGGCACGAAUAUCCUCAAUGGAGCCCCCAAAAUCUGUCAUCAGUUGUUCCCAAUCUGGAUAUUGAUGGGCUAGAUCUUCUAUCGAAGAUGUUGCAGUACGAACCUUCCAAGCGGAUCUCGGCAAAGAAAGCUUUGGAGCACCCCUACUUUGAUGACCUGAACAAAGCGUACUUAUAGUCUAUCUCGUGGUUCUUUUUUUUUUCAUGCUUUUCUCAAGCGUAUCUGGUUAGGUUCGAAAUUGCGUGUAAUGGUUGAUGAUUGUUUUCAACCUAUUCAAGUGGCCUGGUUUUGUUAAUCAAUUCAACAAAACUGAAAGUACCUUUUUUCGCUUUA